AUGCCAGAAGUCCCGUUGUUUCAAUUCAGGUCUAUUAGCAAGUUCUGGAAAAAAAGUGUAAAAAAUGACGAAUUAGCAAAGAAAAUCGAUACAUAUUUUACUCCCAGUUACUUUUUUGCUAGACACGCGACAUUAGAAUUCUUUCUUGGUGAAGGUGUAGGUCCUAAUGAUGGUCAUCGCUUCUUGUUAUUAUCUGAGGACUCUGUAAACUCCGUUCGUGCCGAAUUAGAAUCCUUUAUUUCUUCAACGCUUUCAAAUGUUCCAAUUCUUCAUGCUGGUUCUUACCAAAAUGUAGAGGCGAUUUUCAUUGAUUCGCCAAAAGCUUAUAUCAAAAUCACCAAAGAAACUGAUAAACAUAAUAAAAAGGUUCGUAUGGAAGCAAGACUUUGCAAGAUGAAAUCAAAGUGGGAGCAGGCACGAAGCAUGUACAGGGAAAAGAAAUAUUUGUUCGCAGCCGUAGAUGUUGAAAGUUUUGAACGAGAUCACUCUUGUAUUUUGGAAGUUGGAUGGAGCAUGUUCAAUUCAAGGACCGGUUUAUAUAUGGACCGACAUUUCUGUACGACCGAAUACAAGCAUCUGAAAAAUGGUAAAUUUGUUUCGGAUAUGAAAGAUAGAUUUUCAUUCGGAAAAACCGUAUGGGCAAAUUCGAAAACUAUUGCAGAUGAAAUUGUGAAAGAUUUAACGGAAGAACAAGAAAAAGGGAACGUCGUCUUUGUUGGACAUGGUGUUGAAAUGGAUCUCAAGUAUUUGGAGAAUAUGGGUGUUAACGUUUCAGAAGAUAUUCGACCUGUAGAGAUUUUUGAUACAGCUGAAAUGAAUGCAGCAAGAGUUGGAAAGCCGCACGAACGAAUUAAUUUGGGAAAGUUGUUAGACGAGCUGAAUAUUGAGAAUUAUAGUUUACAUAAUGCGGGAAAUGACGCACAUUACACAUUAUUCUUAUUUCUUGAAUUAUGCAAAUUGCCUUUUCAACCACCUGAAGAAACCUCAGUUUCACAACCUGCCAGCAGCAGUACUGAAUGA